UUCAGCAGCCAUUGAUCUCAAUGCCAUCCUUUCAACAGUCAAGCGUCUUUGUUUCCUUCAACAUAUAUCCAUCGACAAUUCUAUUGUCUCUUCCCCUCCUCACGUUUUUUCAUAAAUCUUUUUGCUUGCCAAUUUUCUCUUUUCUGCAUCAUUUUGACACUACGAUUCUUGCAUUCAUCCUAAGCGGAAACGUUUUGUAUCUAAGACGCCGGUCGUCAUUAUCACAAACAACAUCAAGGAGACGCUCAUUCAAAACUCCUUUUCUUUUACAGUUAUCAGGUCAGUAACUCGUUUUCUAUUUCAUAUGCGACAUUGGGCAGGCCCAACCUUGUUAUUCAUUUGUUUUAAAAACAGUAAGUUAAUUUUUCUCUCCUAUUCUCACAAUGACAAUCCACGAUUGUCAUCUUAAUCCGUACGCAGCCCGUCGAAUACUCUGGGCUGGUGAUCGUGCCCACAUUCCUCUUCAACCUCUCUGCUGCACUUACUCUCAAGCUGCCGACCUAAUAGGCGACAACAUAACCAAUGUACUGCAAGGAGCCACCGGUCACCCUCCGCACGACCCCUUCUACAAAAUCAAACAAAAUUGGAAUAGAUCUGGCCUCUCCGACUUAAAAAAUAUCAUCAAAAGUCCCUGGUUAAAAGGUAAGACUGAACAAGACCUCCUAGAUCUCUAUUUCUCUUAUUUCAACAUCAUGAUCUUUGGAGGGGCUCUAAAUACUCUCAGAUGUACCAUGAAACUCGAAGAGCCAAAUGCAGAACAAAAGGCACGAUUUGUCUUGGGAACAACAGUCGAUAAGAGAACCGAAAAAGACACGACGAGACAUAAUAUUCGUUGUCAUAUUAGUGUAUUUGUACGACACCCCGCCCCGAAAAACGAAGCUGAAUCAGUGACACUCCUUAAGAAUUAUCUAGGGACCUUGUUGCAUGAAAUGAUUCAUGCUUUUUUUAGUAUCUACGUAUGUAAAUGUAACGCUGCAUGUCGGAGAAAGGCACUCGAUCUCGAAGAGAGUGGUGUAACGGGACAUGGAACCCCAUGGCUGAGAGCCGCGCGCAGUAUUGAGAGAUUUGUACGACAGGGACUUAGAAUGGAUAUUAGAUUGGGUAGGGAAGAGGCGCUGGGAUUGGAAUUGAUAGUUGGGGAUAAGGAGAUUUGGUAUGUAGAUUUGGAGGAUAUGGGGAUGGAUAGGGAUACGGUGAAUAGGGAGAUGGAUUGGUUUGCAGGUUUUAUAGAUGAGUUGGAGGAGAGGAAGAGGAUUGAGAGGGAGAGCGAUGCGAGGUUGGAGAAAUUGGAAAAGGAGAGGUUACUGAGGGAAUGGAAGGAGAAGCAAAAGAAGGAGAAAUUGGAAAGGGAAAGACCGGCUAAAGAAGCGAAGGAGAAGAAAUACAUAAAGGAUGUUAGGGUUGCGAUUCUUAAAGAUUUACGAAAGAAAAGUAGACGUGGUAAUUGGAAGGUUUUUAAACGUAUCGCUAGACCGGUUCGUAGACAUAUCGCUCAACCUACUCUCGGACCAGACGACGCGACUCUCGCUCAAGCAGCUGCUUUUCCUCUACCUCCUUCUCCACCUCCCUCUGAACCUCCAUCUCCACCACGUUCUCCACCACCGCCUCCGCCUCCUCCCCUACCAGCACCCACUCUCCAACCAACGAUCCGGCUGCCGCCUGCAGCCGCAUUAGCUCUACCUCCUCUCCACCACAAUCUCCACCACCUCGACCACGAUCUCCACCACCGCCUCCUCCCCUCCCGCCUCCUCCCCACCCACCAUGCCCCAACUUCCUCCUCCACCGGCGCACCCACUCCCCAAACCACACCCAACCACACUCAUCCCGCCCACCCUCAGCCCCUCCACAACCACCUACCUAAAACACCCAUCCCGCCCUAAAACCCUACCCUUUAUCCACCGCACCAUAAACCCCAAUACCCGUACCCCAACCCCAAAAUCCCCACUCGGAUGCACACCUCACCAUCCAAAUCCAACCCACAUUCACACCGCUACAAAACCCUCCAAAUCCGCAAAAAUACAUAUAAAGAUAAAGAUAACGAUAACGAGAGUAGGAAUUCGGAUUUUAAUAAAAGAUAUUUGGAUGAAGUUGAUAGGAGGGGGAUGGAGGAGAAGAGGAAGCUGAAAGCGCGGAGAGUGAGGGGAGACGGAGGAUGGUGGGGUGUAGGGCGAAGGUUUUGGAUUUGGAGGAUUUUGGGGGGUUGAUGGGGAAGGGUAGUGGUACUGGUGCUGGUGCUGGUGCUGG